AGAUACCCUUUGGGGAGAUUUGGCUGGGUCAAAGCCAAAUUUUACAAAAUUUCUCCACAAAAGAAUAUUUCCAUUUGGUAUUCUCUCACUCCCAUCUCCCACAAACUUACAUAUGGUUUCAUAAGAGCCUGAACUUAACAAACGACAAAGAGAUGUGAACGAGCAAUAAGACUCUUUCUUCUUUUGUUUCUCUUUUGACAGGAUCUCUCUUUCUCUUCAUAUAAAUGCAUGAGACUCCAGGCCAGCAUUGCAGCUAAAUCACCAACUAAAAAAGAACUUGAAAGGAAGAUAUGGGUAGGAAGAGAAAGGCUGUUGAAGCUGUGGAGGACAAAAACUCUAGUGAAGGAGCCAUGGCUUGGGAUGAAAUGGUCAAGGAAGCUGCUGAGGUUGCAGCACUAGGGGGAGUCAGGAGAGCUAGGAAGCGAUUUGUUGGUGUCCGGCAAAGACCUUCAGGCAGAUGGGUUGCUGAGAUUAAGGACACUAUACAAAAAAUAAGGGUGUGGUUAGGUACUUUUGAUACUGCUGAGGAAGCAGCAAGAGCUUAUGAUGAAGCUGCUUGCUUGCUUCGUGGUUCCAAUACAAGAACAAAUUUCUGGCCUUGUUCUCCAUCUUCUUCAACAACUCCUGCGCUUCCUUCAAAGAUUACAAACCUUCUUCUCCAGAGGCUCAAGGCAAGAAACAACUCUUGUCCUCCUUCUGCAUCCUCCUCCUCUCUGCCUAACCAGCAAGAACAGCAGCAAGUGGAGGAAUAUAGAGCAGAAACAACAGAUUUCUCAGACACCCAAUUCACAGAUUUCCUCAAUGAUCCUGAAGAUUACACCACUUGCAACGAUAACAUUGAUAGUACUAGUUCAAGAGCCAUUGAUUACAUGACAAGGAGUCUUGAGUCAUGUUUGACUGAGAAAGAAGAUAGUGGUGGAAGAGAAUUGGAUUUUGAUUCUAAAUGGGGUGAUGAUAUAUCUCAGUCUUAUAGUGGUGAUGUGAACAACUUAGAAGCUGAAGGCGAAGAUGGGGGAAACGAUGAAGGAGAAGAGACUGCUAUAGGGGCCUUGGAUUUCCAUUUUGUUGAUGAUGUUGGAUCAGAUUGUUACUACUCUCCUUUUGAAAUUGCUGCAGAGAUCGAGGAGCCCGUGGAGCCAGAGACCCUUGGAGAUGAGCCUUCAAUGCUUAGAGCAGCAAUGAAGAGGAUGAAAUAUGAAAGGAAGUUCUCUGCUUCUCUCUAUGCCUUCAAUGGAAUUCCUGAGUGCUUAAGGUUGAAGCUUGGAUCAGGAAACGUGAAGGGGAGAGAAAGUUCUGCUCAGCUAACCAAACUUCGAGAUGCAUGCAACAAGAACAAAGAGAAUGAAAAGAAAGCAAAAGAAGAUAAUAUGGAAGUGAAGGGGAAGAAUCAGGAGGAGAACUCACAAAACUCAAUUGAAAUGGGGUCUUCUGCUUCAUCUUCUUCUUUGAGCAAUGAUGGUGAAUUGUCGCUUUGGAGCUCCCUCGAUCUUCCACCAAUCUGUUUUGUUAGCUAAAUCCAUUUUUAUGAUCUUCAUUUCAUAAGCGUUGAGAUUCACAAGUCAGCAAAUCAUAGAGUGCUUUAUGAUCUUUUUUCUCACGUUCAUCAUGAUAAGUUAUAGAAGAACUAAACAAAAUUCAGAACAUACGGAGCUAUGAAGCAUUUGAAGCUUGAUUGUAGCAUUGGAAAACUAUCUGAGUUUCAGGAUUAGUGGUGGCCUGCUUAUUUUCCUUGGAUUCCUGUUGGUGUGGCCAAGUAAGAGAAUCUGAAGUCAAGGAGGAAAAUUGACUGUGUAGGUGUCAGAAAGCUGGAUUUGUUCAUCCUUGAACAUGUAACAGUAUUAACUUUUUAUAUAGAGAUUUCAUUUUCACAUCAAAUAACAAAAUUUGAAGCUAUUUAAUGAUGAACAAGAUUAUC